AUGACAUUCCGUCCCCCUUCCCCUUCCGCCCAGUCAUCGAUUGCUUCUGGCACCGAGAAGUCUUCCUCUGUGAGGUCCUCGAGAUCCCAACACUCAGUCUGGGGUGCUCCGAGCUCACUAUCGGGUCAACGUCGCGGCUUGACUCCGCUUUCGACUACCAACAUAUCGUCUUCGACCGCCCCCUCUCUUUCAUCUCCCUUUUCAGGUAUCCUUAAUUCGAGCAUUCGCUCCACUCGGAAACCUCCAUCUCCAGCUACUACACCGUCAGCCUUCAACUUCCAACAUCCUGGCUCGCAGCCACUGUCGCAUACCGCACAUUCCCUGUCUUCUCCCCCAAAGUCGAGAGCUAUCACACCCUCUGCGGGCGCUCAUCUGGCUAACUCUGCCGGUAACGCGUUAGGAGGAGGAAGCGGGGGAGGCGGUGGAUUAGGCUCUUCUAGAAGUGUUAACUUCUCUCCGCUGCUUUCUGGCCCAACUGUGAACUCUCCAACUGGGUUUGCAUCAGACAAACCAGGCUCUGCCGUGAGCUCGAGCCAAUCAUCUCUGACGAAAAUAUCUAUCGCUCAAGUCUUUCUACUUCUGGAUUCCAUUACAGAAAAAGAAGGAAAGGAAAAGUGGGAAGUGAAAGCGGCGCAAAUCUAUAAACUUGUCGAAUCCAACGGUAUGGAGGUUUUUUCAAAAUACUUCCGCCGCCUUCUCACAGGCAACGCACCCCAAAUUUUCCCUGGAAUCAAUAAGGUCGUUGAAAAUGCGGGGAAUUAUCCACUUCUCGUCCAGGAGAUGCAGAAGGUAUCUCAAGACUUAGAUCAAGCACAGAAGAUUGCAGAGACCAUCGAUACCUCAGAAGGUGAUAUCUUCCGUGAUUUCGAUCUGUCAACCUUCCUUGAUCAUUUCAAGCUUGAUGCAAUCGUCAAAGUGUCACUUGCUUUAGCUUUCAAGUUUGCAAGCAGGUCAGAUUUGCGGGCAAAAGCGGAUGCUAUUCUGACCAACACCGUUCCUCAUUUUCUACACAGCUUGCUGAACCCAACUGAAACCACGAAGGAUUUCAGCGCCGCAUAUAUCGGCCUUACCAUUGAACGAUUCAUCUUGUUUCCUCCACGAAACUUCGACGACGAAGUGAAAAGCAGACUCGUUCAGGCAGCAACUAUGCGCUACCGGAAUCAAGGCAUUGAGCUUCCCUUCGACGUGUUCAACGCACUACAAAUGUUUGACCUUGGCAGCUCCCGAAUGGCUGUUAUUCGGCAGCUACAUUCCAGAGGACCCAAAGCAACAGCCUCUACGGAAGCCGUCAACGAAGUUAUGGCAUCUUGUGGAUCUGAGAGCUGGGGCGAAGAACAUGUUGGAAAUGCUUUGGUAUUCAUGCUUCUGUCACAAUAUGGCCAAUCCUAUUCCUUGGAGAAUUUCCUGCAAGCGGUCAAAUCGCAUUUCUCCGACAAAGCUAUCAACUGGUCGCAGGUCUUCCGUGUCUUUGACCGCGAGUCCUUGAGAAUCACGCCUGGACAAUUUACCAAGCUUUAUUCUGCACUGCUAAGCAUCGCAGGCGCUGACACUGGUCUUGAUAUCCAAAAGUUAUGGGGUGGCGACUGGAAGAACAGGCAAACCCAGAUCUCAUUCCUCACGGCUUACCUCAAUUCUCGUAUUGAUCCAUCUCAAAUUCCCAAUUUUCGUGCCUCCUUUCCUCAGGACUUGUUUGAUGAUGCUCCCGAUGCAGUACGGAUGCAGGCAGAGCUCGCUGUAAAGUCACCGAUUCGGUCUGUCGAUGCCAUCAAGGCUAUCUUUGACCUGGCCUUGUUUUCUCAAGCAUCUUGGAAUUCCCCAGAGAGCGCACCAUUGAUCAAGAUCGUCCUAUCCCAAGACUUGCCAGUGUUUUUGCUCUCCUCCCUAGCUGUUCCUCAACCGUGGACGGCUAUCCAACAAAGUCUAGUGUUGCGUACGUUAGCCUUUUUCAUCCUCAGACAAGAGGAGGGCUAUCAACUUGCUUUGUACGGUGUAUGGAAGCAAGACCGGCAAUGGCUCGCAGAGCAACUUUUCACCAUGUUCACACAAGAUCCGACUUCAACCGCGGCUAUCUACGAAAAUGCCGUCGAAUACGGCUGGCUAGAGUAUCUUUUGAGUUUUGCAAAUGGCCUUGCCCUCGACCUUGCCUCCCUAGCCCACCGCAAGGGGGAUUUUGAUCUUGAAGCGUGGGUAAGAAGCGCUGCUCAAAAAGGACCUAUGGAUAUGGGUAGUUUACUAUCCAAAUUUCUUCGCAUCAAGGCCGAAGAUGAACUUCAAGCGCACCGACCAGAGCAAGCUGCUCCACAGAUGGUUAGCCUUGCUGUGAAGACGGUUUAUACAUUACUCACAAUAUUGGAAGAGUAUGUUGGAGACCGCGAGAACUUGACGCCUGUUCAACGUAUUUGUGUUCAGACCUAUCCCCGGCUUAUCAAUUACGGAGAAGGUUUUGAUGAUAUCAUUGAUGCCAAUGGCGAGAAAAGCAACGCCAUCCCUAAAGCUAUUGAUGAAAAAAUGCAGGAACUGUUUGGCAGGAUGUACCACGAGGAGCUUUCGCUUCGAGAGAUGCUUGAACUCAUGCGACGAUACAAGACAUCAAGGGAUCCAGCAGAGCAGGACCUUUUCACGUGUAUGGUUCACGGCCUGAUCGAUGAGUACCACUGUUACCACGAAUAUCCGUUGGAAGCUUUGACGAAGACUGCAGUCAUGUUUGGAGGAAUUAUCAACUUCCGGCUGAUUGACGGCAUUCCUCUCAAGGUUGGACUGGGCAUGAUUCUAGAGGCUGUUCGUGAUCAUCAGCCACAUGAUCCCAUGUACAAGUUCGGUGUGGAGGCGAUCGAACAACUAGUGAGUCGAUUGCCAGAAUGGGUCGGAUUCUGCCACCUCCUUCUACAGAUCCCAAGUCUUCAUGGCACCCCGAUAUCGCAAAAAGCCGAGGAAGUGUUGAUGGAGCAAGGCCAUCAACCGACAAAUGAGACCGGCCCAGCCAGAGCCAACGGCGAGGGCACCGCGAAUGGUAACCUGGAAGAUAACGAUUCCUCUCUCGUGUUCCGCUCGCUGCAUGUCGGCCCACCAUUGCGCCCUGAACUUUACGAAGACCCUGACGAGGAAGUUCAGGACAAGAUCUUGUUCGUAUUGAAUAACGUCUCAGAACAAAACAUUGAAGACAAGCUGCGUGACUUGAGAGACGUGCUAAGAGAUGAACAUUACCAAUGGUUUGCUUCGUAUCUUGUUGAACAACGUGCGAAGCUACAGCCGAACUUUCAACAGCUGUACCUUGAUCUUCUGGAACUUAUCGGCAAUCGAACGCUAUGGGCAGAAGUCCUCCGUGAAACCUAUGUCAGCUCCAUACGUUUGUUGAAUGCAGAAACCACUGUGAACUCGUCAACGGAACGUAGCCAUCUGAAGAAUCUGGGUGCUUGGUUAGGUUUAUUGACUAUUGCCAAAGACAAGCCUAUCAAACACAAGAACAUUUACUUCAAAGAAUUGCUCAUUGAAGGCUACGACAACCAGCGGCUUAUGGUGGUUAUCCCCUUCACUUGCAAGGUGCUACUUCAGGCCGUCAAAUCAACAGUCUUUAAGCCACCAAAUCCAUGGCUAAUGGAUAUCAUUGGCCUCUUGAUAGAGCUAUAUCACUAUGCUGAGCUGAAGCUUAAUCUCAAGUUUGAGAUUGAAGUUCUUUGCAAAGACCUUGAUUUAGACCAUAAGUCUAUUGAACCUGCCUCUGACAUCCGGGAUCGCUCACAACAGGGCGAAGAAGUUGUCUCCACAGCUAACAUACCAGAGGGAUUAGAAGUGUUCGAAGACAUGACUUUGGGUGGCAUAAACCCAGCUAUUAGAACCGAGAGAUUGUCCCCUGCCGCAAUUUUGUCAAGCCUUCCCAGCCUGGACAAAAUAUUGGUAUUUCCGUCUUCUGCAAGUAGUAUGGUCGAUCCAGGCAUCCUACGCCAGAUUGUGCAUACUGCCGUUGAGCGUGCUAUUGCUGAAAUUAUUACACCAGUUGUUGAACGUUCAAUCGCUAUCGCCUCGAUAUCAACGGUUCAGCUCAUCUCAAAGGACUACGCAAUGGAGCCAGAUGAAGAGAAGGUACGACAUGCCGCGAGAACAAUGGUUCGACAGCUCGCAGGUAGCCUGGCUCUCGUAACAUGCAAAGAACCCCUCAAAAUGAGCAUGACGAACUACAUCCGGAUGAUUCAGCAGGAAUAUUCUGAACAGCCCAUGCCUGAAGGUCUCAUUUUGAUGUGUGUUAAUGAUAAUCUUGAUGCUGCCUGCGGCAUCGUCGAGAAGGCUGCUGAAGAAAAGUCCGUACCUGAGAUCGAAAAGAUAAUUGAACCACAGUUAGAGGCACGCCGUCGUCACAGAGCCGCCAGACCCAAUGAGCCUUUCAUUGAUCCAUCCUCAAUGAAUCGAUGGGGAAUGCUUAUCCCUGAGCCCUACCGACAGAUUCCUGGUGGAUUGAACAAAGAGCAAUUGGCAAUUUACGAGGACUUUGCUCGGCAAACUAGAGGACCAGCUUCGAGCCAUCUGCAGAACGCAUCGACCGAUUCUGGACGACAGUUGCCUGAUGUUCUUCAGGAAUCUUACCCAGCAAUCCCCAACCUCUCUACUCCCGCAGAGCCACCUGCAGUACCUCAUCAAGCAACACAGGCUCAACAAGACGGUCGCCUACCACAACCCUCUGCAGUUGGCGCGCAAUCUCAAUUGAAUGGCUUCCUUGACAGUCAGAAUCCCCGUGAAAAAGUGGAGAUUCUCAUCACGGGUCUCCAACAGGAUGCCCGAAGCGCUUCAGAAGAACAUAUCAAGGACUUGGGCCGAGACAGUGCUGUCAUUCAAGAUUAUAACCAAAUCCUGCGCACGAUUAUAACCUCUCCCAAUGGUGAAGAUUUCGCCAGAUUGACAUGUCUGAAGAUUUGCACUAGCCUAUAUUCGCAAACAGAAAGUCCUCUAGAGAUCGAGGUCCUAGUUAGCUUGCUUGCCAAAAUAUGUGACAUGUCCUCGAUUGUGGCAAGAUACACCUGGGCAAUUCUCUCUGACGUCGAUGACGAGCACAUGUUCAACGUUCCAAUUACCGUUGCUCUUAUCGAUGCCGGACUACUUGAUCUCCGACGUGUGGAUAUGUUGCUUAACAAGCUGAUUCUUCAGAAGAAUAACAGCGCCUUGGAUCUUUUGGCGAGCUUGAUGGACCGUGUGCUAUUCAAUGAUGAACCAUCAGCUUUAAGAUCAGACUUCUCCGGCAGUCUUGAAGCAAUGAACCAAUGGCUUGUCGAAGAACCAAACCUUGCGGUCGCUGUUGACAUCAUUCGCAAGCUACGUGAGUCUGGGGUAUCAGAAGUUGUGAACCCUUAUUUAAGCGACAAGGCGAGAGCCAAGCGUGACCAAAUGGAGUAUAUCUUCAGCGAGUGGAUUGGUGUCUAUAAAUUCGCUGGUGCCACAGAUCGCACUUUCCAGUCAUUCCUCAAGGAUUUACAUAAUAGACAGGUGAUGAACAGCCAAGAAGACUCAGCCUUGUUCUUCAGAUUAAGCGUGGACAUCUCGGUUGCGAUGUUUGAACACGAGUCUCAAAACCCCAACGGCAGUCUUGACGAGGCAUUCCUAUAUAUCGACGCUCUUGCCAAACUGGUUAUACUUCUUGUCAAGUUCCAGGGCGAGACCACCGGUGCGGUCAAGGGUUCCAAGCCGGCCUAUCUUGAUUCGGUUCUGUCUUUGUUGGUGCUGGUUCUUAAUCAUCAUCAAGUCAUGCGGGGCGAUGCUUUCAACCAGCGAGUCUUCUUCAGACUGUUUUCAAGCAUUCUUUGCGAGUACUCUCUCUCUGGUCUUCAUAUGAGCGACCAGCAUCAGGAAAUGAUGUUCGCAUUCGCCUGCAGAUUUCUGUCUCUCCAGCCUAAGUAUGUACCAACCUUUGUGUAUGGUUGGUUGUCUCUAGUCUCCCACCGUGUGUUCAUGUCAGGGAUGUUGAACAUGCGUGAUGAAGCUGGCUGGGCACCAUACUGCGAAAUUAUGCAGGUCCUCCUAUCCUAUAUGGGCGAACAGUUGAAGCCAGGAAACGUAUCCUACGUUGCUAAGGAUCUCUACAAGGGAGUGCUGAGAAUUCUCCUCAUUCUACACCACGACUUCCCAGAAUUCGUUGCAGAAAACCACUUCCAAUUCUGCAACGUGAUUCCCGCCCACUGCGCGCAGUUGCGCAACCUCAUUCUCAGCGCUUACCCAUCGUCUUUCCACAAGCUUCCGGAUCCCUUCCGUGAAGGAUUGAAAUUGGAUCGCCUUCAGGAAAUGCGAGAAGCCCCGAAGAUCACAGGCGACAUCAUUACUCCCCUGCAACAGGCGAAUCUCAAGAGCAUUCUCGACACAGCAUUCCAGAGCAAUUCAAUCGACGAUAAUGCUAUCCAAGCAAUCUGCGAUGCUCUGUACAAACCAGCUGAUAAGGACACUGGUCUCUUUUUGACCCCCAUCCACGUUGAUGUUGUUCUGAUCAACGCAUUGGUCCUUUACAUCGGUGAACAGGCUGUAGCAUCUGGUGGACUCAAAGGUAACACACGUGCUGCCUUUGAGGAAUCGCCUCAUUCAAUGCUACUUGACAAGCUAGCCAAGGUCCUUAGCCCAGAGGCUCGUUACUACUUGCUAAGCGCGAUGGCAAACCAACUUCGAUACCCCAAUAGCCACACUUAUUACUUCAGCUUCGCCAUUCUUCAGCUGUUCGGGAUCGACUACGCUGAACAACAGGAGUCUGAUAUUCGUCAGCAAAUUAUCCGUGUCUUGCUGGAACGGCUUAUUGUCCACCGACCCCACCCUUGGGGUCUGAUAAUUACUCUUCAGGAGCUGCUCCAGAACCGCAGCUACACAUUCUUCAGACUGCCCUUCAUACAGGCAGCACCAGAGAUUGGUCGUCUCUUUGACGCUCUUCUUCAACAUAUUCAGCAGCAGAGCCCUCGCGUUCUGUCUUAA